CCAAUGUACGUUGCCUACCAUCUCCUCAACCACUUCACCAAACCAGAGGCUGCGAAAAUAUACCGCGCAAACAUACCUCAGUUCUUGUAGAGCCGCGAAAAAGAUUGUAGCAACGUCUCUUUUUAGGAAGUGGCACAAAAGCGCAAGCGGAUAGUGGAAGUGAACUAGUUUUUCGGAUUAACAAUGGCUAAAAUCUGUAGUGUCGUCCUCCUAAUUAGUGUAACAAUUUUACUAUGCCUUCUGCAUAGUGCAACGGCGACAGUUCAGCCCCGUGCACCGAAUUUCCAAUACUUCGAAAGGCCGAAAUAUCGCUAUCCUUACUACGAUGAAAAUGGUAGAGGAAAACUAUUGUAUGGCUAUGGAGGGCCAGAACUGUACCAGUACAAAACCUAUACACCACUAGAAGGAAUACACUAACCAUGAAGCCAAGUCAAUUUUUUUUUCAUAGGUCUAGUUUGUAAUAAUUUAUAUUUUCUGUUAAUUAUUGUUUUCAAUAAAACUACUUGUUAUUAUUA